AUGGAGUUCCCCUUCGACGUGGACGCGCUCUUCGCGGAGCGGAUUACGACGGUGGAUCAACACUUGCGGCCGUCGGGACGGAGGGGGGCCGGCUUCGCCACGACCCACAGGUAACCAUGGCAGCGGCACGGGCUUUGGGUGGGCCUGCCAUGCCCCCCCGCCCCCCUCGCCUAUGGGGCUCGUUUCGCCCCGCGAAAACAGCGUAGGGCGGCGGUCCGCCCCCCUCAGUUGCGCCUCAGUACCGCGGGGAGGCGCUCUCCUUGCGCGCCCGUGACGCCCUCAGGAGCCGCUCCUGGCGGCUGUUCCCACGCCCAUCUAUUGUCUCAGGCGCGGGGCAUGCUGGGUAAUUGAUAGCCCUGGCUGCUUCUCACCUCUUUCCCCUGGGAAUGAGGGUGUCAACCUUUAUGUACCGUAUGUAGGUAUACAUUUUGACACCCUGGUUCCUGACUCAGAAGUCAAUGCCGCGGGGCUUUACUCCCAGACAUGUGACCUUAGGCAUGAAUGUUCCUGCUCUUUCCCUCUUUGUUUACAUGCAAACAUCUGUGCCCAACUUUUUAUUCAAGGAAUUCCGGCUGUUCAGACGUGGUUCUCUCUCUCCCCCCUGCUCCCUCCCCCCGUCACUACCUGUUAUUUCCAUUUCUCCCCUCCCACAACAACCCCGUGAGGUAGGUUAGGCUGAAGAUAGCGACUUGCCCAAGGUCACCUAGCCGAAAAGAGAUUCGAAUCCUAGCCUCACGUUCGCAUACGUGUUUUGGGAAUAAAGUGGGGGUUAGCCCAUGUUUGUGACACUUGAAGUGGAUGGGUAGAUACAGAAAUAAUAAAUGGUUUACAGGUCCAUUGCUCCAUGGCUGCAUGUUAGCAUAGACGCCUGGUGUUUGUUUGUUUUUGUUUUGUUUUUUGGUUUUUUUGUUAAUGACCAUUAAGACAUUUAUACAAAUUGAAGAAAGUUAACAUAAACCUAAGCUUUGUUGGGUAACAUUCAACAUGUCAAUAUUCAACACUGUCGUAGCCUGAGCUCACCUUGUAAGGGUGUUUUGAAGAUUGUCGCAUAUAAGAUGCUACAACUGUUUUGAAGAUGAUAGUAUAGAAUAUUAUAAUUUAAAAUGGCUAAUAGGUUUAAAUGGUAUCGGCCUACUUCAGAGCAUGAUUUAUAGUUCUCUGUUUGACCAUGAACAGUCUUAAAGUGAAGUAGCUAACAGUUUUACCUGCACAGCCUGGGAUAGGAUAUUUAAAAUUAGCUAGAGCUGCCAUCCUGAGAAUGGUGGCUAAUCUACUUCAAUCUAUUGUCUUAGAACAAUGAUCCCUGUUGCUGUAUGUGCUUUGCAGGGGGUUUAUUUUUGCUCUAUAAGUCUGCACAGAAAAGAUGUAACAGUUUCCUGUGGCAGAUACUGUCCCUGCAUUCCUGUUGUCUUACAGCAGUGCCUCUCAGGCAUUAUAUCUGUAGGGAAUCCUUUAUGCAUCGACAUGUUUGCUCAGGAGCUUCUGUGUGCUAUCUUUGUACAGUAGGCUAGCUUCUUCUACACACUGACACACCCCUCCCCAUCCUCCAUCCAGGCACCCAAUAGACAUUAUCAGUGUUCAAUGAAGCAUUCUAGCCUGUCAAAAACACAUGAAGAUGUGAAGUGGGGCUGAUGAGGGCUGUGACCUGGUGAGAGUCCUGAGGGCCAGGGUACCCUACCCUGAUGUAGGGUUCUUGUUAGGUGUUUGAGGUUCCACAGUUGCCCCUUCAUAAUGGAGGUGGUGAUCUAGUAUGUAUUUUGAGCUAUCUUACAGGGGGAGCAUUGCAAAGGCCAAUAAGUAACGGUGAUCAAGUUGCCUUUCAUGGAAGCUUAUCUGCUGUUACUUGGAUGAACCCCUUAAGAAGUUUCCAAGGAAGCCUAGAAUUUCUCAGAACAGAGUCUGAAAACCGUGGUCUUGAAGCGUUAAAAAUAAAUUAUUCAAUAUGGGCAAUGACGGUUUACAUUAGCAUCAUUCCUUCCAUCCAUCCACCCACCCACAGUGUAUAGCAGUGAGAUGCCCCAUUGCUUUAGGAUUACCUGGUUGCAUGGAUGGGGUACCUUUUGUUGACUAAUCUCUUGUCCUUUUGCUUUUGUCAGCAACAACAGGAGAGGGCUGUUAGCUUCAUAUGCUGCUUGUGGUAUUCCCAGAAACACGAAUUGGCUACUGAGGGAAAAAGGAUGCUUUACUAGAUGGACCUCUGGUCUGAUCCAGCAGCAGUCUUCUUCUGCUUAGCGUCCUGGAUGGAUCUUUAUUAGGCAGCCUUAAACCAUUUCCAAAAUUUAUCUCUGUUCUGAGUUGCUAUUUUUCCUAAUGUGCUUGGUCAAUUCCAGCAACCUCCUAUUAUGUCUUUCUGUCCCGGGGUAUGACAUUGCAGAAGCUGCCCGAUACUAUGCUGCCUCCAACAUGUCAAACAUUCCUCUCCUCCUUCAAGGAUUUGGACCAUUUCCUGUUCUAGGUUUCUAUUCUGAUUAGAUUAUUCAGGCUCUCAACCUAGUUGCUUCUCUUUCUCUCUCUUUUUCUUCAUGGCCAGGGUGGAUCACCAGCAGCAGCUCAUGAGGAUCAUAGAUGAGAUGGGCAGGGCCUCUGCCAAGGUGGGUCAGGGUUUUCAUCUGGAGGGUUUAAAGGGCCACAGAAUAGAUUAUAGUUUCUGGGUAAACAGGAGGAUGUGUGUGAAGCCAGGUUGCCUAUCUCUUGUAAGCCUCAGCCAAUUCACUUAAAACUGUAACUAAAACAAAUAUAACUGUGGAGCAGAAGUGGGUGGGUGGGAGAAACCGUUCCAUUGAAAAUGACUCAUCUACUAAAUGCCUGGACAAAAGCACAGGUGAAGCAGCUGUGUUUGGCUUUGUAGGUCUUAAGUUGCUCUGGCCUGGGAGAUGCACUGUCGCACAGUGUAGUUCGGCUAACGGGUGCAAGAAAGGAGAGAGGGGAUCUUUCUCUCCCCAAGGGAUAUAAGCUCUAGUUCAGAUAUCAGUUUGUUCAGUUGCCCUUCCAAGUCUUUUUUUUUAAAGUCUUCUUGAGUUAGUGAAACUUGAAACUUUUUGGUUUCAGGCCCAGAAUCUGCCAACUCCAAUCACCAGCGCCUCACGAAUGCAAACCAACCGCCAUGUUCUCUACAUUCUGAAGGACAGUGAAGCAAAAACGUGAGUGUGGCUGCGACUGAGGGCCUGGAGUCUUAAGGGUCCAGUCCUUUGCAUGCCUACUCAGUAGUAAAUCCCACUGAGUUCAGUGGGACAGGUAAGUGUGCAUAGGAUUGCAGCCCAAGCCAUUUCUGUGGGAACAUCUUGGGAUGCAGCAAGAAAAGACUUUCUUGUUCUGAACCAUACACAGGAACUCUACACAAUCUGCUUAGCCAUAGCAACCAUAGAAAUAUAUUUCAGGGAUUUGCAGAAUCCUUGAAAUAUCAGAGUUCCCCCUCCUUUUUUAUUGCGUGGGUGGGGAGAUCUUGCCCUGUUUCCUUCAGCACAGUUGCUUGUCCCUCACAGUUGCUAGUUCCAUGUAUUCCUGUGUCUGUGUGCUUCUUUCACUCUGUCUGUGACAUUCUUGACCAAAAAUCCUUUGCUCUUGGAAUAGCAUACAUUUUCCUGAUUUGCAUAAAUUAUUAUGAAUCUGAAAAGCAAAAAAAAAAAGGUCUCUAUUUAAUAAUGCUAUACACUUUCCUCUUGCUACUGCUAAUCAUCUAGCCUCUAGUUCAAGGAUGAGGACACUUUGGCCCUCUAGAUUUUUGUUGGCCUCUAACUUCCGUCAGCCUCAGUAAUUAUGGCCAGUGGUCAGGGCUGAUGGGAGCAGUAGUCAAAAACAUCUGGCAAGCACCAGGUUAGGGAAGACUGAUAGUCUACCUUGGGCCCCUUAUCUCAAUUUUAUACAGCAGGUUUUAUCACUUGCCCUAAAAGUGUAAAUAAGCAGGUGUUUUGCAAACAAUAUUUUGGCUCUAAGUAACUGUAGAUCCCGUCAGGAAUAAAUACAUUACAGUAAUAAAUGAUAGCCCUCCUCUGCCUCAGUGGCCCAUUGUUCAUACAUCUCUAACUAAUGGUUUGUAUCUUUUCUUCAUUGCUACCAGGGCCGGGAAAGGAGUCAUAAUUGGCUUCCUCAAGGUGGGAUACAAGAAACUCUUUGUACUGGUAAGUUGCAAUGGCAAGUUGCCUUUAUGUGCAGAGCAGUUGUCCCUGGUGCAAAAGGGUCAUUGGUACCAAACAGGACUAAGACUAUCCUCUUCCUUAAAGAAUCAUGGUCGAUGGUAUUAAAGGCCACUGAGAGAUCUAGCAGAACUAGGUGGGGACAACUGCCUCCCUUCUUUAUAAUAUCCAUGAAGUUAGCUGACAUUUGUAUGUGUUGGAGGUAGAAGGAAGGAAGAUCUUUAAAAUGAAAGUGCUAGCAAUAUAUCGUGUUGCAUGCUAGGUCAAAACAUGGGGCCUGAAUUUCAGAAAUGUAAGUGUAAGCUAGCAUGUAUUGGUAUAAGUGGCUCAGAUAUUUUAGCUCUGUUACUUAUGGUGCGAGUAUGAAGUGUCUGUUUUUAUUCUGUGUACUCUGCUCUGUUUUUAUAUAUAGAUACAUGUCUUGCAAGUCUUCCUUCUUUUUUUCAGGACCGCCACGGAGCUCACAACGAAGUGGAACCACUGUGUGUAUUGGACUUUUACAUUCACGAGUCCCUCCAGAGGCAUGGCUAUGGCAAGGAGCUCUUCCAUUACAUGCUACAGGUGUGCCUCUGCAUAUUCUCUCUCUUUCUCUGUUUCUGUCUCUGUCUCUGUCUCUCCCCCACCCCUGUAAUAUCCUGGCUGGGUCACAUAUCCCUGUAUUCAGUGUGCCCACUUCCUACAUUUAAAGGCUCAAUCCCCUUCACAGUGAAUCAAUCUGUGUGGAGAUUUCAUUCCUGACCACAGAUAAGGUGAUCAGUUAGACAACAGACAUGAAAUACACUUUCUCCGCAGAGUCCUCUCCAGGGGAUAUUUUAUCUGUCUGAGAACACAUACCAUCCAAUGUGCAAUGCUUAUUUGUGGCCGUUGUGGUUUCUAUGGCCCUGGAGCUAUUCUCAGUUCAUUUUAAUUUUAGCUGUAUGGAACCAGUGCAGAUGGUUAUCCCAAUAGGCAUUAAUUAAUUCACGUAGCCAGGCUGACCUGGAUGGGGUUGGAAUAAACUCUUGGGAUCCACUGUUUAACAUUCUUGCCCUGUGGGUUGCUUCACAGCCUUAGCAAGCUGGUUGCACCUCUCUUCUGUAAAUAACAGGAGCUGCUGUUGGGAGUGUUGCUUUGGUUUUGUUGAUAUCUCUUUUCACCCGUCCUCCCUGUUACUGAACCUUUCAGGGUUCAUAGAAACUUGCUGCUGGCCCCGCGACUGAUGCUUUAGAUCCAGCUCCUAAAUUGUACCCCUUCUUUUGAGGUGGAAGCUGUAGUCCCCAACCUUUAUCUUCACUUCUCUCUGUCUCCCCUCCCUCAGCAAGAGCGAAUGGAGCCUCACAAACUGGCUGUGGAUCGCCCCUCAGAGAAGCUGCUCUGCUUUCUCCGGAAACACUAUAAUCUUUGUGACACUAUUCCCCAGGUGAGCUGAUCUCUUUGUGAUGGGAAGCCAGAAUGGAAGAAAGCAACAGCAAUUCCUUCACCUUUUGACUUAUUUUAUUAUUUGUUUCAUAAAAUUUAUACACCACUUGGUGGUGGUGGUUGGUUUUUUUAAUAAAAAAUCACCCUGAAGGCAGUUUGAUAGCUAAUGCAAUAAUACUUUGUUCACUUGAGUUCGUGUCCAUCAUCUCUGAAAGUAUUCAUUUUUAAGCUUGCACAGACUGUGGGGCAAGAAGUGAAUGGCUCCAGAGAAGUUGGGAAUAGCUGUGUGUUGUGCAGGAAGCAAAGAAUAAAAUGGAUUUUGAAUGCUCCUGGCACAUCCUCUCAGAGCCACUUGGAUCUCCCAAACGAUCUUCCGUCUAGGCAGCUUACAGCCCCAUAGCAGCAAAAGUGUAUCUUGCGUCUUGACUGUUCUCUGGGUCGCCCAGAGGUGGUUCUGAGAUGCCACACUUUAGUGGAACUGCACACUGGUAAAUGUGCCGUGAACCAGGCUGGGAGCUGGUCCUGGUGUCAGUAGCUUAAGCAUCACAGAGGAGGGAUGUAGGAUGCUGCACAGGUCCUUAUACCACACAGCAGACACUCUAGCCUUGUAGUGGGGAACGUACGGCACUCCAGCAUUGUUGGACUCCAACUCCCACCAACCCCAGCAAGCAUGGUUAAUGGCCAAGAGUGAUGGAUGCUGUAGUCUGACAGUGUCUGGAAGGCCAGAGGUUCCUUCUCUCUGCUCUGCCCUGUUCUCCUGAAGACUUUGUGCUCAAAAACUACUGGGAAUCUUUGAUUGAUUGUAUUUAAAGGGAAUAGUAAGUAGCCGUCAGUACGAUCUUGUUUCAUUGCCUGUUUCCAAGUAUAUUGUAAUAAGUGUUUUGCUAAUGAUUAAUUGAAUGAUAGUUUGAUGUUUUGCGUGUGCAUAUUGCAGUUUUAUAUGUUAUUUUUAUGACCUGUCACCAUGUAGUAAAAGGCUUAUAAAUUGCACAAACCAAGAUUCAAAGCAUUUGCUCUGCUACUAAGCCCCUACCCUUAAGAGUUGUAUUUCCCCCCCCCGAAGCAAAUAUGCAGACCAGCAGCAAAAAAGAGGGUGAGCGGGGAGAUAACUGUAGGGAGCCCUACAAAUGUGUUUCACAAGAAGCUUGGAACAGUGGGGUAGGUUUGGUUUGCUGGCUCAUUUUUUUAAAAUCUCAUUUUUCUUCUUUCAGGUGAACAACUUUGUGAUUUUCCAGGGCUUUUUCAGCCACCACCAUGGUGAGUCAGUGGCAUAAAUAUUGCUAUGUCCUUUUGCUUUGAUUCUGCAUGUGAUUAAGAGUGGGGGGCUGCUCAUGAGAAGGGUUAGAAGAGGCAAACGGUAUAGAAGCUUCUUCACUUUUUUAAAAAAAGAUCUCUCUCAACACAGGCUGGCUUCUGAGCAUUUUGCAUGUCAGUUACCUUUGCCACCUCCUGAUGGAUACUAAAUGUUUGCAGCUUGUGAUGUUGAGGAUUCCAAAAUCUAUGGUAGAAUUCAGUGUUUGCGUUGUGCACAAUGACCUGAUGGUUUACACAAGCACAUGACUGACCAUGGGAUUCUGUUUCCCACACUUGAGCUGAAUAAUGGAAUGACUUUAUUCUGUGCCUGUAAUGAAGUUAAAAUGGAACCCUCAAGCAAUAGAUGGUUAUUCUGGGUCCAAAUAGCCAGAAUGUCCAAGUCAUGAAAGGCUUCAGAAGUAUGGAUGCUGUUUUGGUCCAAAAUAAAAGCAAGGCCUAUCAAGUUGAGCAUCCUAUUUCCCACAGUAGUCAACCAAAUGCCCAAGGGACGCUCAGAAGCAAGACCUGAGUGCAACCCCGACUUGUGGUUCCCAGCAGCUGAUAUUUGGAAGGAUAUUGCAUUCUACUGUGAAAGUAGAGCUAUAAUCAUCAUGGCUAUUAGCCACUGAUAGCCUUCCUCCCUGAUGAAUUUGUAUAAGCCAGACAUUACUGCAUCUUGUGUAUUGAAUUCCAUACACGGUUAGUCAUCCACGGUGUGAUGAAGUUCUUUCUUUUCUCUGUCCUGGGGAUGGAUGUCCCCAGAUUCUAGUAUAAUGAGAGAGGGAUAAAAGCUCCCCAUUUUGUCUACACCAUGUACAAUGUUAUCCUUUUCCCCAAGACUGGCAGUCAGGGCCUUGCAGAGCCAGGCAGAGGCCCGGGCCAGGUAGAUAAUGUGCCCCUCCCUUUUUUUUACCCUGGGGAUAACUGAAGUCUUAUAAAUAAGUAAGUAUAUACAGUGGUACCUCGCAAGACGAAUGCCUCGCAAGACAAAAAACUCGCUAGACGAAAGGGUUUUUUGAGCUGCUUUGCAAGACGAUUUUCCCUAUGGGCUUGCUUCGCAAGACGGAAACGUCUUGCAAGUUUGUUUCCUUUUUCUUAACACCGUUAAUACAGUUGCGACUUGACUUCGAGGAGCAACUCAUAGAACGCGGUGUGGUAGCCUUUUUUGAGGUUUUUAAAGACUUUGGUGAUUUUUGAAGCUUUUCCAAAACUUUCCCGACACCGUGCUUCGCAAGACGGAAAAAAUCGCAAGACGGCAAAACUCGCGGAACGAAUUAAUUUCGUCUUGCGAGGCACCACUGUAAAUAAUUAUCACAAAAGUUAUGCUGACAAAUAAUUUUAUUUCAAGGCUUGAACCGUAUCUGCAUAUAAAGACAAAAUGGAAAAUAUAUAUACAAUACUGUAGUGCUUUUAAAAAAUAUGCUGACCGAGGCCCCCUUUGGAAUCGGAGGCCCCGGGCCAAGUGGCUCAUAUGGCCCCCACUCUGUCUGGGCCUGCUGGCAGCUCCAAAAACUGAAGUCUUUCUUUACAUUAAUAAGAAUCCUACACCAUGGAUUUAUACACGGGCGAAGGGGGGUGCAGUGGGUGCAGGUUUGCGCCGGCUGUCACCACUGAGGGGCAUGACAUAGUGUCGGGUGGCACUCACCGUGAGGCCUGCAGUGCGCCCGAGCCACGUGUCUCUUGCCCAAACGGUCUGCCUGCUGCCUUCCCCCCCAGCUGUAGGGUGGCUGAGUGGGAGGAGGCAGGCAGACUCCGGAGGCCCCGCGGUUCGCCCCGCUCCACCCCUGGGCCCGCCACCCCAGGCGCCCAAACGGCUUCCUCCGCCACCGCAGGAUUAGUGGCGUUGAUGGGGGUUUGAGAGUAAUAAUUUCAAGCUAAGCUUAAGUGUAGAACAAGUAUACCACAUCCGGUUGGCUGUGAUUCAGCAUCUGCCAAGAAUCUGAAAAUGGAAUGGCAAUUAUGCUAAUUAAACACAGAGAAAAGGAAGUGAGGGCCCUCUGUCUAAUGACAGAUUUCCAGCGUUGUUCCUGGAAUUUCCUGAAUAGAUUGCCUACACAUGCUUUUGCUCGUCGGCUAGAUCUUUGAAUACAAUUAAGGGACUGUUCCUAUUGCAUGCCUUAACUACCAUUCAUGAAAUCAUGUCCUUCUAGGUUAAUUCUUAGAUGAUCACCCACACAGUUUAGAACUGCCAUUCAUUUGGUUGCUCAGAAAAUGCUCUUAAAAUCCCUACUCCCAUUUCCGGGUUACUGUGGAAUGGUGUCAGAUGGCAAGCUCUGUUCUCCAUGAACAGCUCGCUCAUUGUGAGAGUUCUGGGGGAAGCACGUGGGCACCUUGCACCCCCGAGGAAGCCCAAAAGGGGGUUUUUUUGGUUCAAAGGGGUCCAGCAGCACGAUUCUGAUUCUUGUCCCGCUCUCCAUUCUGAAAGGAGCUGUGGGGGUGAGAUGGAGCCGAAAGCACCAAGCUCCACAACAAGAAGCCUCAAGCUCCAUGCAUCAAAGCAGUAACUUUUCCAAAACUUUAAAGCCUAGAAUUAAUUAACUACCAAGAGGAUAAUAAACUGUUUAUUUAAAUUGAAAUUAAUUCGGCAAACAUUAGGGGUGUAAAAAGGAGGUCCACCCUGGAUGUCUUCUUUUAAAUCUAUGAGGGAAAUAAUUAAAUGAUACUCUUUUUUAACCUACUAAUAAUCAACUUCUAUGAGGGCAAUUGGUCCGAUGAGAUGAACUAGAGUUUAUUGACCUCCUCUUUGUGAAUAUAAGAAUUAAAACAUACUUUGAUAAAUUGCACUGGCUUUGCUGGACUUAUUCUUCUAUUUUCAUCUUAUUUCUAUUUUUUCCCUUUUUUAUUAUAUACCUCCCAGUAUUGAACUAUUUUGAUUAUUAAGGGAUCUUCCUCACAAUUGCUUCUUGUGUUUGGAAUAAGAUUUUAUUUUAUUUAUUUUAUAUGAGAGAAAAUGUUUUUAUGUGAUUAACUGAUUUUCCCUUCCUCCUUAAAAGCUUACUCAUCUUUCUCUCUCCCUCUCCUCGCAGCUCCAGUGAGAAAGUUGCCUCAAAAGCGUCAUGAGGGGGAGAUAAAACCAUAUUCUUCAUCAGACCGAGAGUGUAAGAGAUUAAUAACUGAAGCUGCUUCUGGACUGGGAAGUGGGUUUAACCGGUUCUCUUUUUGGUGGGAGCGUUGCAAAUCAGCCUCCAGAUUGAGGGGGCAAGUUGUGAAUGACACCAGGACAAGAGAACCCAUUUCGUGUUGUUUCCCAGGGUAGGAUGGAGACCAGCUGACUUCAUGAAGCAGAGGAAUGUGCAUAUUAUGUGUUCGUGGUUCUGUGAUACUUGUUGCAGUUAGGUCACUAGGCCCCAUCUAGGAUACGGCAGCUGUUUGAUUUAGGAGAGUAGGAGAAGCGGCAAGUCAGUUUUGAAAUCCGAGACAGACUUCAGUAGAAGAGUCUACAGAUGGGUUCCUCAGCCUUGUCCCUCCAGAUGUUUUUGGCCUACAACUCCCAUCAUCCCUAGCUAGCAGGACCAGUGGUCAGGGAUGUUGGGAAUUGUAGUCUCAAAACAUCUGGAGGGCCGAGGUUGAGGAAGCCUGGUCUACAUUCCAUCCAAGCUUGGAAAUGAGUGGGCAUUUUUUUUUUUUAGAAGAAGGGUUCCCUUGUCUAGGAAGUGAGCUACAAGAUCCCUGGGCUCAGCCACCACUUUUCAGAAUGUGCCAGUUCCAAACUGGUCCCCUGACAGGCUGUCAGGGAAACAUUGCAUAAAGAAGAAGAUGCUCAAACUUUGUCCUACCUGGCCUUCCAUAAGUAAGGAUGCAGCUAUUUUUGAGCUUCCCGUAGUGCAGUGCAAGUGGGAGAAAAAGCAAGGUAAUUCUCUGGGUCUUUGGCCUUUCAGCAAGUGAGAAGUUGAAGGCGAUGGUGAUGUUGUGGCUUUUAAGGGACCCAGAGUGGCUGCCUUUUUGAAUAGCAUACCUUGGGCCUCUCUAGGAACUGGAGGACUGAACCUUUUUUUUAUAUGUCCCCACAAAUAGUCCUGAAGGAAGAAGUCGAACCACCCUGGCCCUUCAACCAGUCUCGCUCACUGACCCGCUCCAGCAGUCUGGGGAACUCCCCAGUGCGAGGCUGCCUCAAGCCUUUCCUCAACGAGCAGGAGCUGCUGAAGAACUUGCGCCUCUGCCCUCCCCACUCGACUGCCCACCAUCUGAUGAAUGGUGAGCCCGGAGACCCAGCUUCACAGAGGCGGAGAACCAGGUACAGCUGGAGAUGUGGGGUAUCUGAAAAUCUUGCAGUAGCUGGGAAAGAAUGCUCUCUCUCUCUCUCUGUGUAUGUGUGGAAUAGAAUAUUGUUUCUGUUGAGCUUGGGAAGUAGUCAGUCCUUAAGGAUCUCUGAAUCAAAACACCAGCAGGCAUUUCAUUUCCAAAUGACUUCAGAUUCUGGUUUUUUUUGUCUUGUCACACUGGAGCCUUGUUAUCAGAAAAGUCUGUUUCCUGAACUUAAUUAGUUCAAACUAUGCAUCCAGGCAUUCUAAGUCCUUGACGAGAAAAACUGAAUUCUGCUGCCCGUAAAAAAACAUUACAAAAUGAAAUGAUUUGUGUAAUUUGGCUUACUUUUACAGAUUUCAUUCUGACUUUACUUUCCUGUAUCAGUAAAAUUUUAAUGUCUGGUGUUUUUCAAUUUUUUAUAUAUAUGCUGUAAGCCACCUAGAGUGGCUGGGGAAGCCCAGCCGGAUGGGCGUGCUGUAAAUAAUUAUGAUAAUAUAAUAUAAUAUAAUAUAAUAUAAUAUAAUAUAAUAUAAUAUAAUAUAAUAUAAUAUAAUAUAAUAUAAUAUAAUAUAAUAUAUUUUUAUUUUUAUUAUUAGUAAUAAUAAUAUUAAUAAUAGACAAGUGAGAUGGGGAGACUACAGCUGUGCAAGGUACUGAAUACCCCCACUGUAAAUCAAUUAAAAAAAUGUCGUUCAGCAGUUCCUCUGGCUUCUGAGACUUCACCAGGCAUUUCCCACUUGCCUUCAAACAUAUUUUCAUACCCUAAGGGUUAGAAUCUUGCUUUGUAAAAUUAAAUCUGAUUCUGGAGAAUAUUAACUAUGUGCUCAGUACCCUAUUUUGAAACUACCAUCUGGAAUUGGGUGGUGGGUGUUGAAAUCCCUGAUAUAAAGGUGUAUGUCUUGAGACCCUGGAAAAUGCUGACUGUGUGAACAGUACAGGGAAGAAGGACGAGCGCGUUGUAGUUACUUAAACAGCUACAAUGCUCUUUCUAGCUACCUCCAGUUCCACCUGGCAGUGGUUGCUAGUGUAUUACGUAGGUACCUAGUUGCUACAUUGUGCUUACCCUUUCCUGGACAAAGGAGUUAAAAGGCCAAGUUGGGACUAGAGACUGAGUGCCAGAGGCAGCUUGGAAUCAGAGAGGGCAGUGGCAACAGCGAGCCAAGUUAUGAAGGCAAGAUGGAUGGGUGGAGUUCACGUGGUUGCAAAUGCAACAGAGCUUCAGCAGUAAAUGUGGGACUUGCACGUCUAGGGGAGGAGCAGAGACGUGCUCAUUUAGGUACAGGGUUAACCUUGAGUGAGAUGUGGGAAAGUACAGAAAGUGAUGGCAAAGCUGAGCUGCCCUAGACAUAGGAAUAGAGAGGUUUGCACUUCAGUGACCCACAGACUCCCUCUCAGGAUUUAAUCCUUCAUGUCAUUCCUUGUGGCCUUGGGUGGCUAAUUCCUCUAUGCAAUUCUGCUAGUUGGCAGAAUUGGUCUUUUAUCACAUGCAGACCACAUGAAAUGGGACUGAGCGCUUGCAGUUUGUCAGUUUGCUUUGCAUCUGACAUGCCGAAAGGAUGCUAGGUUUGAACUUGGCUCACUGAGUGCUAGAUGAGAUUAUGUUUGAUUUGUUUGUGGCUCUCGAAAGCUAUAAAGCCAUAAAGAUGUGCCAGUUUUGCAUGACUAGGCUAUAUUAAUCUUAGGUUGUGGAUGUUGCUGUGCAUGAAAUACAAUUUUUAACAGUGUAUUGUACAUUUUCCAUGCAUGCUUCUAAUGCAGUUAUUAAAAAAAAACUUUUUGUGGGUCUUCAAUUCUAAUUGUAUGCACUUUCAAUUCUAAUGCGUCGAUUCUAAUUGUAUGCGCUUUCACCUUGGUUCCUCAGAAUAAAGAGCGCCCUGGAUCAUAUUCAUUUCACACAGCAGUUAAUAGUAUCUGAUAUGCUAUAAAAGGUUUGGAGAAAUAUAGGCAGGGCCUCAGGAAGUUUCAGAAAUCAGAGGUUCUAGAAAGGUCUUGCUGUCCUACACAGCUCUUGCCAUGGCAGCAUCCUCACAUUCCUUCCCCCUCCUUAGUGCUUGCCAUCCUCAUCCUCAUCCUUGCACUUAAUCCAGCAUCAAAAGUAUAAUAUACCCACCAUUUCCAGAGUACCAUUUAUCCAUUAGCACUGUGUUUCUCGGAAGUGAGAUGUUUUCUUCGUUAUCUUAACCUGAUAGAUUUUCCCCAAAUGGUCCGUUUGGGGGUCUAACCUCUCUUUCUUUUUUCUGUUUUCAAUCCCCUCCUCUUCCCUCCCUUUCCUUUCUUCUCUUCCUCCCCCUCUCCACCACCAGCUCCCUGAAUCGUGCUGAAAACAGCCAUUGAUCGCCGGUCUCUGCUGUGUCUACCCAGCCGUUGGGCCUCCACUUGCGUCCUUGAGUUCUUUCUAGCAGUGAAAUUUGGUUUUACAUCCAAUUUCCUCAUCCCUUCCUUUUUAUAAGCUUAAUGGGUAGAACCUGUAAGGAUGUGGGUUUAUUUAUAUCGUGUGCGUGUGUGUGUGUUUUUGGUCUUCAAUUUUUUAAUGCCAAGAUUCCGGAAUGCCCUUAAGGAAAGGAACCUGGCUGCUUUUUUUAAAGAGCAGCACCGGCUGCUGGGCUUUGACGAAAUUCAAAUUAUUUAUUAAGUUGGGCUUCAGCUCCAAAGCGGUGAGAGCUUACAGCCAGGAAAGUACUGGUGUCCCAAGUAUACACUCUUUGACACUGUGGUCUGCUGCCUGUCGCCAUACAGACCUGUCAGUCGUCUGUUGUGACCUGCCAAUCAUGGAUCCAAAGAAGACAAUGCAAGUUUGCUGUAAAUUAUCACUUAGUUCUGUAAGAUUUCACUUUUGAAAAACUGUCCACGUAGAUUAAAUGAAUAGUCGUCGGACUGGUGACAAAACCUAACACAGUCAGGACUGGGUGUAUUAUUAGAAGGGAUGAAAGAACCCACUUCAGAUGGCAGAUUUUACUUUACUAUUAAAAACAAGCGAAUUAUUGAAAUGGUUAUUAUAGUCUUACCACCAUGAGGCAGGUAUGGUUUUGGAUUUACAGUGUUAGGCGCUACCUGGCCGUCCGUCUGUGAGUUUUAGAUUGGAGAGAGACAGUUGUAACCAGAGCCUCUGAAAGAGGCAUCAGCCUGGGGUGCAGACACAUCCUGCUGUUAUCUCUGGUAAACAGAGUUUGCAUUAUUAUUAUUAUUAUUAUUAUUAUUAUUAUUAUUACUUGUAGGGCUUCAAAAGCCUGUUUCCCUUUACAUGGGAUCCACUGCUUUUAGCAGAGCCCAAGUCAAGAGAAGCUGUCUGAUGGCUUCAUAUUAUUAAAAUUGGGGCCCGUGAUAUUUCUCUUGCACGUUUGGCUAGUCAGUAGGAAUCCCUUCCACUUUCAUCCUGGAUUUUGACAAAGUGCUCUGAUCCCUGAAAAACGUACGGUAUAGCGUGUUUGUUUUAGUUUUUUUUCAGUAGCGGUCAGGCUCCCUGUCGCGUUUGGUGCGUUUUGUAUCCAUGUGUUAUGAAUGGCAGAGAUUGAUAUAUGGACAGGCCGGAAGAAUGAUUUAACUUUAACAGUGAUAAAUGGGCAGGCUAUGAGCUGCUGUAAACUUUCUUGCAAGGCUGAACUAGUGGUCAGGUAUUAGGGGUCUCUAUGAAACCCCUAAAAACUCCCUUAUCUGCCCUCACACAGACCCCGCCAUGCAUAGUCCCUUACUCUGAAGGAGUGUCCUAUUUCUCCCUCGCCCUUGCCGUUAUGCACCUCAGCCACUUUCUAGAUACUUGUUACCUUGGAGGGAGUGGCUGAGACAUUAAAUCGGGCUACAGUGUGUUCUGUUUUAGGGUAUGCAUAGAUGGAACCAAUGGAGCAGCCUUGUACCGAGCCAGACCAUUGGUCCAUCUGGUCCAGCACAGUCUAAUUUGACUGGCAGAAAGGAGUUUUUCCUGCUAUCUGACACCCUUGACCCAGAGAUGCUAGGUCAGAGGUGGGGAUGUUGCUGGACUCCUAAAUCCAUUAUCCCUGACCGUUGGCCAUAUCUGCUUAUGGGUGCUGGGAGCCUGACAACAUCUGGAGGUGCCACAGCUUCCCCACCAUAAGAGCACAAGAAGACCCUGCUGGAUCAUAUCAAUGCCCCAUCUAGUCAAGCAUCCUGUUCUCACAGUGGCCAACCAGAUGGGGAAACCCACAGGCAGGACCUGAGCACUCAUGUAGUUUCCAGCAACUAGUAUUCAGAAGGAUUGUGCCUGGGGCUGGGACCACCUGUCUGCCUGCAAAGCUGGGGCUCUGCUUUUCCAAAGUAGGCCUGGGAAAGUUCCCCUGGUGCAUCCCUCUAAAGCAGAGUUGAGCCCAGCAAAGGCCACAGCUGCUCUUGGUGAAAUCCACCUAGUCCUCCUUCAGUAUCUCCUCCUCUCCCCCUGCCACCCCCCAGAUUAACUCCUAAUAAAGUUGCGACUGUAGCCAAAGGUACUUAUCGAGGUUUCAUUUAGUGUGGUUAUGGUGGAAAUGUGAGAAGAACCACAAUCGUGUUUCCACGUGACCCAGUUUCCAUAGAACACAACAUUGAUAGCAGUUUCACCCUCUCUGCCAAAUUUUAAGAGAGAGGAAGAAAGAAGAUGAUUUGCCCACCUUGUCCACCUUCCUGCAUUCUCCUGUCUUCCUCCACUUUGUAAUUUGCCAACUCUGUGUUGCCUUCAGACAUUCUUGUGUCUAUAGCAUGUUCUGCCCUGAAUUCCUUUCAGAAUGUCACCCCUGAGGCUGCUGAUGUGUUUGGGAUGUAGUGCAGAAGGACCUGGCUUCAGUGACAAAACCUACAGCGGUUGCCCCUGUCUUCACAAAGCAGGAGAGAAACUCUUACAGGGCUGUAAAAUAGGAUACCUCAGCUGGAGAAGCAGAAGCUCUGGCCUUUAUUUUCAGACUUGGGAGGUGGAGAUGGACAGGUUUAGAGGACGAGAAGCGGGAAACUAGAAGUCCCUAGAAUGAGAGUUGGGUCUUGCGUGCCUUGGAGGGGGAAAUUGGUCUCCAGCAAGAAACUGAAAGGUGUCGGGCAUGCCAGCCAGAGAAUUACUAUGCCAGAGAAGCAAGUGCACAUAUAUUGAGGAUAAAAGUGCCAAGGUAGCCUAAACUCUUGUGCCAGGGAAAACAGCAACUUGUUUUAGCAACUUGCAAACGAGGUUGCUUGGCUAUUGUAAUUUAGAUGUUUACUUAACCAGUAGGUGUAGUAAUAAUAUAAGGAGCAAGGGAACUAUAUAGAGCUUGUGUGGUGUGGUGGAUGGGGUGUUGGACUAGGAUGGGGAAGACUUGGAUUCAAAUCCGCACUCAGCCCUGAUGCUUACUGGGUGACCUUACCCCCUCUUUCCCUCUCUGUGCCUAACCUACCUCACAGGGUUGUUGUGAGGAUAAAAUGGGGGUGGGGAUACAGAAGUCAUGUGUGCUUGCCUGAGCGACUUGGGGAAAGGGCAGGAUAAAAAUGUGGCCAUGAAACUUCAGGGGCAAUGAAACUCUGCCUUUUCCCUUUGGACUCUCCUCUGGCUUCUGAGCUUUGAAAUCAUGGCAUUGCCUGAUUUCAAAUCUGUCAUCACAUGCAGGCUCACAGAUUUAAUGAAAAUUCAUGAGACUUGGGAUGCUUAACUUCAGAGCCCAAUGCUACAUUCCUUAUGUGCUCUGAAAUUGCAGAACUGUAAAGUGCUACACGCAUUCCAGCAUACACAGUUUAUUUUGUGCUCCUGUGACACCAGAUCGACAGAGAGGAGACUGCAGAGGCCAGAGACAGGGGUAGGUUGAAGCACUGCCUGCUGAGUGUGCCAAUGGUCAUCACCCUGUGUGGUCCGCCAAUUGUAUCAUGUGGCAGUGUGGGCUGCCCUUGUAUUCGGUUACACCUUGCAUAGGUUGUGCCAUCAAGUAGCAUGGGCUCAGCUAAAACAGGAGACCACUUUGCUUAAGAACGUAGGAACUGCCUUGCUGCGUUGCUCCACCUAAUCUUGCAUUUGGUUUCUAACAGCAGCCAGCUGGUUGCUCCCAGGUUUAUAAGAAGAUUAUGCAGGAGAUGGUUUUCCUACUCCUCUUUGUCCUCCGUAACUGGUACUUGGUGUCAUUCUUGGAGUUCUGUUUUAGUUUAGCAUUUCUGAUAGCUUACGAUACUCCUAUCCUCCAUGGCUGAAUCUAAUCUGUUCUCUCUCUCUUAAAAAAAACCCAGCCCUAGUGGCUAUCUAGUUCUUGGAGUAUUUGACUCGUGCUGCUUUUAAAUUUGACUCUUAACAACUUGCAUUUAGAUCAUGCCCCUGAAUGAUACUGAGCUUCACCAACGAGUGUUGCUAUAAAUGUCAGGGCUGGCCGGUGCUACCGUUAGGCAAAGGGAAGCAGCUGCCUCAGGUGGCAGAAGCUGAGAGGUGACGAGUGGCAGGGAGGUGCUGAAGAAUAGAGCUGCAUGUGCCAAAUGGUCUGCUAAUCUCUGCUGAGGAUGCUGUCCCGUCACCAGUGUUAAGUAAGAUUCAUUCGUAUGUAGAAAAAGGUGGGGGUUAUGAUGAGCUUGAGGCAGCAAAGUGUAUCCGCAGCCCUGUUUAGGGAAGCUUUUAAUGUUUGAUGUAUUACGGUAUUUUAAUAUUUUGUUGGACGCUGCCCAGAGUUGCUGGGGAAGCCCAGCCAGAUGGGCGGGGUAUAAAUAAUAAAUAAUUAUUAUUAUUAUAUUGGGCCAGCCCUGAUAAUUUUACAGUGGCUCAGGGCUUGCUUUUAGUUCCGGCAUCUCUCAGGUGGCUGCCAUUGCCAUUAUAAGAGAACAAGGGAGGUGUUCAUGGUGAGUUCUGGCACCUCUUUUUCUAGAAAAAUAGCUUUGGCUAGGUCUGUCACUGACAGCCUUUAUGGUUUUAAACAGACAUAGGCAAACUCGGUCCUCCAGAUGUUUUGGGACUACAAUUCCCAUCACCCCUGACCACUGGUCCUGUUAGCUAGGGAUCAUGGGAGUUGUAGUCCCAAAACAUCUGGAGGGCCAAGUUUGCCUAUGCCUGGUCUUUAAAAAAUGGGCCCUCUAAAGUUCAUACACAAUAGGUUGUAUCCACCUAAGUUCUACACAGAGUAAACUCAUUGAAAUUAAGGAACCUAAGUUAGUCAUGUCUGUUAACUUCAGUAGGCCAGCUCUUGAGUAGGACUAGCCCUGGAUACAUCCCAGUAUUGCUCUGUUCUCCAGAUGCUGAGGCCAAAUGGGGGAAUGGCUCUCUUCCUCAUGCCUGUUGGAAGCCAUUUUUCUCUGGGAGCAUCCAGCUGAAAGCUGUGACGGACCUUUGGUCAGAUCUAGCAUAGCAGUUUUUAUGUCUUACAGCACAUCCCCAGUUGCCAUCUUUAGACCCCACCCUUCUCAGCUCAGUAUUGCUAAAUGGGGGGAAAGUGAAGCUGAGUGAGACAGCAGCCACUUGGAGAUGACGUCUGUGGACAAGGCAGAAGUUUGCUUAGCGUCUUAAGCUUUUCUCUAGAAUGACGUUCAUGAGCCCAAGUAAUGUCCCUUUUCCCUGGACACAACGGACUUUAAAAGCUGCUCAGAUGUGGGGAACUCCCAAUGUUGCCCCCCACCCUUUUCCUCUUUAAAUUCAGAUUUGGCUGCUUGAGAAGCACUGCUCCUUGAGGCUUCUUGCCUUUCCCAACCCCUUUCUCUUCUUAUCAAAGCACCUGAGACUCUGAACUGCCUUUGGCUGUUGGUGUCUGGCAUGGAAAAUACAAAACCUUUUGUUUACAUUUCAAUAAAGUUUGGAUUUUUUUUUUCAAAGAUUCAAUGCGUGGUCUUGUCUCUUUUGUUCUGUGUCCACUGGCUUAUGGAAUAACUUGCAAAUCCUCUCCUUUCCAGGAAUUGGUGUAAUAUAGUAGGCAAAUAGAUCACUGAUGUCGAACCCUGGAAACCUUGGUUCAAACCUUUCCUUUGCCUUGUGUGGAUUGCUUGCCCUCCUUGAGUUAACCUACCUUAUACAGGGUUGGGGUAAUGAAUCCAGGUAGGGGCGGAGGGUUGAUAUAAAGUAACGUGGUCCAAGUACAAGGGAAAGUACUGUAUUUUUCACUCUAUAAGAUGCACCAGACCACAAGACGCACCUAGUUUUUGGAGGAGGAAAACAAGAAAAAAAAUAUUCUGAAUCUCAGAAGCCAGAACAGCAAGAGGGAUCGCUGCGCAGUGAAAGCAGCAAUCCCUCUUGCUGUUCUGGCUUCUGUGAUAGCUGCGCAGCCUGCAUUCGCUCCAUAAGACGCGCACACAUUUCCCUUUACUUUUUAGGAGGGAAAAAGUGAGUCUUAUAGAGCAAAAAAUACGGUACAUUGCAAUGUCGCUCACUUCUCCCCUCCAGGUACAACUUUCUGCAGUAUAAUUCCUUUUGAAGGGGGGGGACGGACUGUGCCCCACUGGAUGGAUUUCAUUCUGUGCAUCCUCUCCCUGUGGGACAUCCUUGUCCCAUUGCAUCCUUGCUUGGUGUUUCUGCCCUACCUGCUGCUUUCUGCUGCCGCCGCUUCAUCUCCACCCUCCCGCUUGUCUUCCCCCUCCCGCCCUCCAGGACAGGCACUCUAAAGGACAGCCUCAUGGCUCAGAAGUCUUCUUACAGCCGCUUCAAGAACUCUGCCCCAGCCAUGGAGCGUUCCGAUAAAAGAGCAAGUGAGUGACCGCUGGAGGCAUAGGAGACAUUUCCAGAUCUAUAGCCAGCUUUUUCUCAAGGGACUGGGUAGUGGGGCAAAUACAGCCGUACCUUGGAUUCCGAACGCCUUGGUACUUGGACGUUUUGGCUCCCGAAUGCCGCAAACCCGGAAGUGAGUGUUCCGGUUUGCGAACAUUCUUUGGAAUCCGAACGUCCGUCGCAGCUUCCAAUUGGCUGCGGGAGCUUCCGGCAGCCAAUCGGAAGCCGUGCCUUGGUUUCCGAACUUUUUGGAAGUCGAACGGACUUCUGAAAUGGAUUCCAUUCAACUUCUGAGGUACCACUGUACAGGUUAACCGUUUCAGCAGAUCUGGAGAACCUUUGCCUCCCUCUGGAUGUUACUGAACUGGAGUGCCCAUCAGCCCCAGCAAGCAUAGCCAAGGAUGAUGGGAGCUGUAGUUGAGCAGUGUCUGGAGGGCCAAAGGUUUCCCCACACUUACAUUACAGCACUUGGAUCCUAGCCCAUAAAGGACUCGCCCAGGUUGCAAUCUUUGCUGCAUUUACCUGGGAGUCGACCCCACUGAAUUCCGUAGGAGCUACUUCUGAAUAGGCACAGUUAGGAUUGCGCUGUUCAUGGUGGAUGUUUCUAUAGCACCUCUACAGUGCUUAUUUAAUGUUCUGCCUCAUUAUUAUUUGCUCUAAAGUUCUGCAAGUUUUCUCAGCCCUGUGCAGGUAUUAGCAGGUAACAGUCCCUGUCCGCAGGCUCACAAUUUAAUAGAGACAGUACAAAAGGCCUAGGGAGGGAAGAGGAAAGCAGGCAUUGAACCUGUCUGAUUCUGAGUUAGCUUCUUGGUCCACCUAGCCCUAUGCUGUCUCUGGCGGGAUCUUUUUCCAGCCCUCCAACCUGGAUUCUUUAACUGGAGAUUUCAAGGACUGACCCCGGAACUUUUCUACACCCAAAGGAUGUAUUCUGUAAACUGUACUAGGCUACCUGGACAAAUCGUCUGGCCUGUUUGUAAGGCAGAUUCCUAUGUUCCUAUUGGACAAAAAACAACAACACUGCCCUAGAUGUUUCUUUAAAAAAGAAAUACCCAAGCUGUGGUUCUCAUGAUUUUUGAAUUACGCCCUCGAUAUCAAAUUCUGGCCUUGUGCAAAAGCAGUCUCAACCAUGUGGAACAGAUUAAUUGACGAAGCUCUGAUUGGUUUCUUUCUAGCUAUUACUUGCUAAUGUUUGAGGAAUUUCUGCCUAAGGGCUAGUUUUAAUACAGUGUGUCUGCCUUCCAUUAUGAAGAAUUGGGAGGGGGAGGGGUAUUGUCAUGUCUGUACUACUGAAAUGCUGCAUUUGUCUGGUUUCUUCCUAUCUAGAUGACUUAGAGGACCUCAGUUCACCCAGAAAGCUUCAGGAGUCAGAGAGGUACUUCUUGUUACUUUCCUGCCCCAUGACUUUUCUUCCAAUAAAACAACUGAAGGCACCAAAAGCUAUUCUGGUUUGGUAUUUUACUACGUGCAGGACCAUCUAACCAAACAUGCCUAUGUAAUUCAGCCUGCAGCAGUGCUGCAAGUAUAUUACAGUGCCUCCUGCUGGCACAAUCCUACUUGGUAUUGUUUACAUAGACCAGCAGUAGUUCAGGGAUUUCUCCCAGUGGUACCUGCAGGUGCCGGGGAUUGAACCAGAGAUCUUCUGCGUGCAAAGCGGAUUCUCUACCACUGAGCUAUAGCUCUUCCCCACCCACAGGAGAGAACAAUCUCAAUCCCUGUAGGGAAAUUGUUUUCUUUCUUUCCCUCCAAACACAGUGGCCAGUCUUUCUCCCUUCUUCGCUGCUAGGAAUCUUCCAGUUGUUUGCUGUGAAUGUAAAUAAACCAAAUCCCUUUAUUUCAGUGGGUCUACUCUGAGUGUGAUUUAGUUAGAUAUUGCCCAAAUACUUUUCUGCUUCUUAAACGCAACAGUGGCUAAUGAAGGCUCUGAAUAGGAUGACAAUAUCAAAUUUGUACUUCCAGUCUAGAUGAGUUGCUUUAAAAGGAUUGUGUAAAAACUGAACAUGACCACCAUUAGCCUUUGGAUCAUGUCAUAUGAUUUAUUUAUUUUUUAAAGUUUUUAUUUAUACUUUUCAAGUUUAUACAUUUCAUUAGUUUUACAAUCAAUUUAACAUUUCAAACUUAGUUCCCCUCUUUCUUUGGUUCCUUAAAUUUAUUUUUCAAUAUUUUCCGCAUAUCCAAAUUCAUUUAAUUUUCUCCUUUAAUUAUCUACUUUAAAUAUAUACUCUUAUGAAACUGCAGGUUAUUACAAUAACCCUGACAAUGUUUUUAUCUGUUUGCAAUUUAUCUGUAAAUAUUCAACAAACCAUUUCUAUUCUUUUAUUAAAAGUUUGUUAUCUUGCUUUCUUAUUCUUCGGUAAGUUUUGCCAUUUCUGCAUAUUCCAUAAGUUUUUGUAUCCAUUCUUCCUUUGCUGGGAUUUCUUCUUCUUUUCACUUUGGGGCAAGUAGCAUUCUUGACGCUGUAGUAGCAUACAUAAAUAAAUUGCUAUACAAUUUAGGUAGUUCUGUCCCUAUAAUUCACCAAAGAAAAGCUUCUGGUUUUCCCCCCCAAAAGUUAUUUUGAACAUCCUUUCCAAUUCAUUGUGUGCCAUUUCCCAGUGAGCUUUAACCUUACUACAAGACCACCACAUAUGAUAAAAGGGAUCAUGAUGAUGAUAUUUGUUUUCUCCACUAGGCUGGACAGCACCAUCAUCAGCCCCCCGGAACCAGCCAACCUCGGGCAGAUGGGAGAGACAGCUCAUCCUUCUGCAGAAGCUACACAUCAGAGGAUGAUGGACUCCAGAACUCUUAUGACUCCAAGUCCUCCAGAAAGGAUUAAGGACCAUUACGCUUUGACAGUCACAAACAGCCAACCCUCCUGCGAAAACGGCCAUCGCGUGGCCAGACUCUCCCCGCAGCAGAACAGAGGGUGGCACAAUCUGCCCAGGAGUCCCUGGCAGAUGAAACCACUUUGGACAGUAGCGGGGAGUCCCUAUGAAGCCAAAUGGAUCCACCACAAGUAUCUGUAUUGCAAUACCAGACCCUGGUGA